AUGAAGUCUUUUGUUGCCGCCAUCGCCAUCGCCGCGCUCGCCUCUGAGGCCUCUGCUGCCACCUGUGGAAGCAGCGUCUUGUCCGCUCUACUCACGAACGCCAACAUCCAACAGUGCGGCACGGACUCGGGCUACGCUUUCACGGCCGCUGAGAUCCCGGACCAGGCCACCAUCGACAAGAUGUGCGCCUCGACCGCCUGCAACACCCUGCUCGCUGACGUGCAGGCCAUGAACCUGGAGGAGUGCCAGCUGCCGGUUGGUCCCGGCAUCAACCUGAAGGCCGACCUGGUGGACUACGUGCCGGCCAACUGCCCAUCGACGGCCGCACCCAGCCCGGACUCGCCUGCCACAGAGGCGCCUACCCCGGCCACGGAGGCCCCCAGCCUGGACUCUCCUGCCACGGACGCACCGGUUGUUGACACCCCGACGACGCCGGACAACUCGACGAACCAGGCCGAUCCCACUGCCGCGCCGACCAAGACCCCCAUCGCUUGCUAA